AGUGUGAGCUGCAGCAGGAGGCACACAGGUAACCUCUCCUCUGAUGAUGGAGGACUUAAAUCUCCCCUUUUGGAUUUAUCUCUGCAUUAUCACCAUGCUGGUCGGCGGGCUCCUGAAGAAGAUCCUGGCGUCCCACGUGAGCCCCCCCACCCUGGUGGCGUGGGGGGUGGGGGCCACCGUGCUGGUGGAGCGGCUGUGGUCCUUCUGGCUGCCGGCCGUGCUGCUGCUGGCUCUGCUCGGCCUGGCCUGCUGCCUGUACUCCGCCGCCGGCACGCCGCCCAGCGCUCUGCCUGCUCAGGGCAAAGCGGUGCUCAUCACAGGAUGUGACUCCGGCUUCGGGAAAGCAGCAGCGAAGCGUCUGGACUCUCUGGGCUUCGAGGUGUUCGCCACCGUGCUGGACCUGACAGGAGAGGGCGCCCGCGAGCUGCAGAGGAGCUGCUCGGCCCGGCUCCUGCUGCUGCAGGUCGACAUCACUCAGCCUCAGCAGGUCCAACAGGCUCUGCUGGACACCAAGGCCCGGCUGGGACACAGAGGUCUGUGGGGUUUGGUGAACAACGCCGGAGUGUGUGUGAACUUCGGAGACGCUGAGCUGUCGCUGAUGUCUAACUUCCGUGGCUGCAUGGAGGUCAACUUCUUCGGCACGCUGACGGUCACUAAGUGCUUCCUGCCGCUGCUGAGACAGGCCAAAGGACGACUCAUCACCAUCUCCAGCCCUGCUGGUGACCAGCCGUUUCCCUGCCUGGCUGCUUACGGAGCGUCUAAAGCAGCUCUCAACCUUUUCACCAACACACUGAGACACGAGCUGGAACCCUGGGGAAUCCACGUCUCUACCAUCCUACCGUCCUCCUACAAGACAGGUCACUCCAGUAACCAUGGCUACUGGGAGCAGCAGCACAAGCAGCUGCUGCAGAGUCUGCCACCGGCGCUGCUGGAGGACUACGGCGAGGACUACGUGGCCGAGACCAAGGAGCUGUUCCACAGCUACGCGCAGCAGGCCAACCCCGACCUCAGCCCGGUCGUCGACACCAUCGUCCAGGCGCUGCUGGCUCCGCAGCCGCAGGCGCGCUACUUCGCUGGGCCCGGCGUCGGACUCAUGUACUUCAUCAACACCUACUGUCCCUUCAGCAUCAGCAACCGCUUCCUCCAGAAACUGUUUGUGAAGAAGAAGCUGAUGCCGCGAGCUCUGAGGAAGCCGUCCAGCUUCGAUCUCAGCCUCCACAACAACAACAACAACAACAACAACAACAACAUCAGCAAGGAGGAGCAGUGA